CACCCCCCGCCCGCUUUACCGCGCCUGUUUCGGAGUGCGGACUUUGACGUCCACUCUACUUCGUAAAUCGUAAGACGUAAAGCAACUUUAGUUAAAUUCAUGACUUUGUGCCGUGCGCUCCUGUGCUGCCUUUGUUCUGAGACACGAUAACUGUGAAAUCGAAAGUUUUUAUUAUUGACAUUAUAAGCGAGCCGAGGUCAACCAUCGCUUUAUGCCUCGUGUACCUACUAAUAAUUUGGGAUCCUAAUCUCUACGGUGCACUUCCUUCCGUGAUUUAUGUUAAAAAAGCACGAAUAACGGCAUGCAGAUCGGCAUUUCUGUGUGUUUGAGUGUGUAAGUAGUGACUCAGUGCGAUGUGAUGAAGAAAUGAUGGACGUCCUAGAGCUGAGCAAGUGGAAUCGUGGAUUCCUCGCUGCGGUGAACAGAAGUUUUCGUCUCAAGAAAAAUCUGAAUAACACGGAGAACAGAAUCGAGAGAACGAUGCCUUCCACGGGUUUGAAUGUCCCCAAUGAUGCUGCUGCGUUGAGGCCAUUAGAGAUUGUGGCUCCUCGAAUUGACACGUACAGGUUCAGCAUGGCUAACAUGGAGGACACCCAAGACGCAGAUCUAGAUGCCAUCCUGGGAGAGUUGUGCGCGCUCGACUCCGAAUAUGACGAAGAGAUAUCCCGGGCUUCUACAGAUUACUCUGCAUCAUCUAAGGAGAGGAGAAACAGGGAGAACACCCAGCGACCAGAAAAUAAAGAGUCCAGCGAUGUGACAUCCAACAUCCCGCGUACAGACUCUCCUGACAAUGACUCCGCAUUCAGUGACACUGUAUCGAUGCUUUCAAGCGAAUCUUCAGCUUCAAGUAGUAUUAGUUCUAAAAGCAAGCCAAUGAAAAUUACUGUGCAUCCCAAUGAAAAGGAUACAGUUUAUCAACAGAAAGCUAACAAGAUCAAACUUGCCUUGGAGAGAAUGCGAGAAGCAAACGUAAAGAAGCUCUUCAUCAAGGCUUUCUCCACUGAUGGCUCUUCGAAGAGCCUGCUUGUAGAUGAGAAGAUGACGUGUGGAUAUGUCACCAGACUCCUCGCUGAUAAGAACCAUGUUACAAUGGAUACGAAGUGGGCUAUAGUCGAACAGCUACCAGAUUUGCAUAUGGAGCGUGUCUACGAAGAUCACGAAAUGUUGGUUGAUAACUUGAUGCUGUGGACGAGAGAGUCGAAGAACAAGAUACUCUUCGCAGAGAGAUCAGAGAAGAACCUGCUCUUCCAAACUCCUGAGAAGUUCCUACUCACUGCAGAUGACAGAAGUUGGUCUAACGAUCUCGACGAACAUUCUCGCCAAGUGAUUAUCGAUGAGUUCUUCGGACAGAGCAAUGCGUCUGCUAUCCCCUCUGUAUCGGGACAUCUAGUGCCCCCCAUGGAAGGAUUUCUUUACCUCAAGAGUGAAGCUAAGAAAGGCUGGAAAAAAUACUUCUUUGUGCUACGACCAUCUGGCUUGUACUAUGUACCGAAAGAUAAGGUGAAAACUUUGAAGGAGUUGGUGUGUCUAGCAACGUUCGACAACAACGAAGUAUACGCCGGUGUCAACUGGAAGAAGAAGUACAAAUCUCCAACUGAUUUUUGCUUUGCAAUCAAACACCCUCGGCUUCAGCAACCGAAGAGUGUUAAGUUUAUCAAGUUCCUGUGCGCUGACGACCAGUUUACGAUGGAGCGCUGGCUGACUGCAAUGAGAAUAGCUAAACAUGGACGCCAAAUAUUGGACAACUACCGUUCUCUUGUUGAAGAGUUGACACAAGAAGAUCUGGAUCAUUUGGCGCACGCCAGGUCUUGCUCCAUAACAUCGAUACCAACCAAAACCAACAGUAACCCCACCGCGGUCGCCAUGCCAACCCAGGCCACAUCCAGCAACAUCAGUGUUGCCAACUCGGAUAUAAGCAGUGGCAGACAUUCGAGAGCCUCUUCAUCCAGUUCGAGCGGCUGCCAAUCCGAUGGAGGUACUGCAUCAGAAAGCGCUUUCGAUUGUGAAUUUCCUAUGGGUACAAUCAAACGCAAGCCAUCGAUGAAGCCCAACAUCCCUCUAACAUGGAUGACGAGACAACUGAAGGAGAUGGCUGAAAAAGACGAAGGGGAACCUGGGGACUGCAGUACUCUUACGCGAAGACCCAGGCAAAGAGAUGACUCGACACUGAAACGACGUAAUACUACAGAACCGCAAGAAAAUGUCGUCUACGGCACUGGCAGCAUCUCGUCAUCCGAGCCAGGCCGGUCUGACUCUCAAUCUCCUUCGUACAACCACUACGAUACUAUCACCAGAGAUACAUUCCGAACUAGCGUCGACACCGCCUCCUCUAUUUACGGUUAUACAAUCUACGACAAGACACAAAGAACAGAAGUCGUCGAAGAUCUACCCCUGCCUCCCCCUCCAGAAACCGAUAUAGUUGAUACAAUGUUCAGCUCAACUCUAAGCCUUGACGAUUUACCUCCGCCACCUCCAAUGGAACCCAUUGAAGACCUCAACGGUUCCCAACUCAGCCUACCUCCUCCUCCCCCAGAGCAUGUUAUAGAAAACCACUCUGUAAGGGUACAGGAUAUCGUCAGCCAAUUAACCGCUCAGCAAGUUGAACAAACAAGUAGAGCUGGACAGCGAUCGUCUACGAAAAGUGAUUCGAAAACAUUUCCUCGACAGCCUUCCCUGGACAGUGUUAAUUCAGAAGCCUCAAAAACAUCUUCGUUGCAUUCUGAUAAAAGUGUACUUGGUCAACAAAACGUUGCGUACGGAGCGUGUUUAGUUGAGUUACAAUCAAAGAAACUAACCAACGGGAGUCAACCUUCACUGAAGAAAUCCGAAGUAGGAAAAGAACGUUCCAGUUCGAUGAAGAAGGUCAAUUUUGCUGAGGAUCUGCCGACCUGUUCUGAGAAGAAAACCAAAAAGAUAACUUUCAAUUUGACGGAUGCUCCUCCAUCGCCGAGGAAACCAUUACCACCGAAGCGCAACGAGAGCACCAAACUGACCUCGCCAAAAAAGCUUAGUGAUUCCAAUAGUAAUCCUCCUAAAGAUUUCCUCAAAGAUUUGCAAAGAGUUAUGAGAAAGAAAUGGCAGGUCGCUCAGAAGUGUAAACUUGAACCGGAAACAACGCCGCACGAGGUUUUGGGCUUCAGAGAGUAUCCUUUAUCUGAGGAUUAUAAGGAGACGAGCGUAUCAAUGUGGGUACAAGAGCAUUAUGGCUCAGGGAUAGAAGACCCGUUUUACGAGAAUGUUUACGGGCGGGAUUCGAUUCCACCGAGACGGGAGGAGCCGAAGCCUAUAAAGAAACGGCCACCUCCAGCACCACCAAAGAGAAGCGAUUCCACGCACCUCACCUCAACUAGUCUGCAAACUCCUCCAGUGCCACUGAACCACGUGAACUUGCCACCGGUUUCCCAUAUCAAUCUACCCACAGCUUCUCACUCGAACGUCCCGGCGAUACAGCCGACUGCUUGAAAUUAUCUUAACACGCUCGUGUCACGUUUAUGUUGCGGACGCAAUCAUUCUCGUGAAAUAACUGACUUUUAAACACGGGCGAUGUAUCCAAUAGUGUGUGUGCAUUAUCAUUCAAUUUAUGAAUGCAGUGUUAUGACCAAUCGGUAAGGAAAGACGUUGUUGGUAAGGAAAGAUAGGAUAGAUGUUGGUUAAAUUGAAUGACGGUGCUAUUGUGAAAUGUAUACUAAUGUAAUUAUUGUGAAUUUGUUCGUUAUUGCUGUAUCUAUUAGUAUGACCCUCGAAUCAGCGCCUCUAGCUGUCCUAACGGGAAAAGUUGCGUCCUUAUCCAUUCGUUUACAUUAUUUCCUUUCUUCGUCAAUAUACUAUAUUGUCUACUAUGUUAUGUAUAACAUGUUGAUUGCUAAAUAAAAUUAAAGGAAAGUUGAAUUUUAUAGGGAUUUGAAAUUAAUAUGCCAAGAUCUUUGACGAUACAGAGACACUUUAGGUAUUAUAAAUUACACUGUACUUACCGUGAUAUUCCGUUGGGUCAUAUAAUUGUAACAUAUUUUUUUCACUAUAUUACCUAUACACGUACGUUCCUAAAAAAAUAUUAAAUAAAACACAGUAAUUUUUGAUUUGCGUCUUAUUAGUAGUUAUUAGCUGAAUAUUAAACUGUCUAUACACUUCGAAUAUAUCAUCUAGGUAUGUAUUUCAUUUCAUUUUCAAAUCAAUGUUGCAACUAUUUGACAACUGUGUAUGUAUAUAAUAUAAUGUAAUCAAUAAUUCGUAUGAUAAUCAAGAAGCAGUUGUAACGGAUAUAAUUCAUAAAUAGUAUUCUAUAUUCUCCAUGUUUCGGUUCAUUAGAAAACUAUUAUGAUUUUGUUGUUUAAGAUUUCAAUAUGUUUAGAGGCUUUGUUUAUUAAAUUUUCUAUAAGUUUUGAUAAGAAGCAAUGUGUUUGGCACACUUAACAUUACCAAAAAAGAGUAGGUUUUUAUAUUUAUAAUGUUUACGAUGAUUAUAAUAUUUGUAACAACGUGCGGGACACGAUAUCAAAAUUAUGUUCAUAACUCGAAAGUGAUCUCAAAUGUUUGGGCUAUUAAUUUUGACUAUAAAUAUUAAGAACAAUUGUAUGACGUCAUUUAAUUUUCAUAAUUAAUAGCCCAAUGUUAUUUAAAGUAAAUUCUGAAGCUUUUUAAAAAUAAAAAAAAAUAUGAAAAGGCUGUUUUUAGUUUAGGAUACCUGAAUAGUUUUAAUAAUUAAUUAUAUGAUUUUCAAUUAGAAUACAACAGUUAGAUGAGCAUAAAAUAUCCAAAGUCUCAUAUUCCAUGUUUAUUCAGCCAUAGUUGGAAAUAUUAAGAAUAGACUGUCCGAUAUAUCCAAAUACCUACACCUUAGAUUAAGGAUUGGUCUCCACCGCGCUCCAACUAAAUACCACACUACCUAAGAACAAUAGCUUUUUUAUUACGGCAACUAUUAUAUACUUGUGUGCUUGGCAUCUUAACACUUAAUGGCAUUAUUUCUUCUCUUUCUUAUUUUAUAAAGUUUUACUACACAACCCGGGAUUUUAAACAAAGCAAGCGAAAAUAGCAAAGUUUAACUGAACAUGUGGCACGUGAACGUCACACAUUGUUCGAGCUCGACUACGCCCACUUGGUUGAUUAUUUGCCGCACUUUGCGACUACUCCUGCGGUAGAAACCGCAACUAGAUAGUUUGAGCACGGCGGAGAGCAAUCCUUAACUUAAGUAUGCGAUAUAUCUAAACCUAAAGGUUUUAAGUUGACUGCACUUGUCAUCAACAAACGUUUACAGGAGUAUCAGCCAGGGGCAUGAUUUGGUUUUCUAGCAAGGUAGGCACUGUGGGUCUAAUUGUAGUUGAGCUUUGGGAUAUGCAAAGAUUGCUUCUCGUUGGUAUUUAGUAUAGAUAACUAUUUCACUCAAAAAAAACUGUCUUACGCUCUAUCGUGAUAAUAUACUAGAUACCUACGGGAAGCAAUCUUUGAGUGGGUGUUCAAUAGAAGUUUGGUUAUAAAAUAACGGAAUCAAAUUUAACUAGGUAUGCCUUUGUUCAACUCUCAGAUUGUGGAUUCAUCUACAGGAUCUACUUUACAGUUGAUAACCUGCUCGACCCCAAUCAUUGUUUAAUAGGGAAUUGACUUGAGAUAUCGCUCUUUCAAAUCUUAAUAAUUUUAAAUUAAACUAAAUCAACUUUAACACUAGUGCUAUAUUUAUUUCGGUUUAUAACGACGUAGGCACUGCCUUAUUGCUUCUAUGACAUGCACGCCCCUGGUGCCACCUUCUACAUCUACUGAUAAUGAACACCUGGUAGGUACCAAGAGAGCAAGUAACGCGUCAGGGAUUCUUAAUGUUACCAAAUUAUGUUAUCAACACUUGCGAAAUUAAUAUGUAGAAUUGAACAUCUAUUGGCAAUUACUUGACAUUUUUUUUCUUAGGAAACAGGAACUUAAUAUGAUUAUAGUGCAUUGAAAAGUUAAUAAUAAUAACUUGUCUGAAUUCUGUUUUGUUUAAUUUUCUGUUAAUUUGCUGGUGGUAUAUUACUGUGUUAACUUUAGAUAAUGUAGCACUUAAUGCCAAUCUAAUGACAUAGAAACCUUUCGGGUGUGUAAAACUUUGUAGACACUAAGCUUUGUAGUAAAAAUUUGUUGUUAAUUAAAAAAUUUACAUAUACACAUAACUUAAUCUUAUCUAGUUGAAAUUUUACGUGGAUUUAUAUAUAUGAUAAUUAAAAAUGGAAUUAUGUAGAUCGGAUAACAUUAUUGAGUGCGCCGCGGAUAUUUUAAGUCACGCCAAUAGUAUUUUUAUGGGAGGCAGUAACAGAACGAGGAGGUAACGUGAGUCACUCGGUACUUCAAUUACACCAUCAAUCACACUAUUCGACCCUGACUUCAUCGGUACAAUUAUAGUUAGGAAACGGUGUGAGCGACCACGACAGAAAUGUAAAUUACAUUGCUUUGUUAUUAAAAUGAACUUCAACUACUUUCAUGUAUAUAUUAUAUUCUUAAAGUGACAAUUUUUUUUAAAUAUAAUAUGAACUGUGUAUUAAUUACUCAGUCUGCUCUAACUGAUCACGCUCCCUUAGUCAACCCGAGCCAACUUUACCCGACUGAGCGUGACGGUCUUAAUAAAUUCCCAAAAAUUUAAUUAUGCAGCGCGGCAAAAGCAGUUUUAACUUCAACAAAAUAUUGAUUUUCAAACUAAAACACCUAAAGUAAUAUUAAUUUAAUUUUUAAUUUACAUAAUAUAUUAUCUAUCUACUAAGAUCUACUAAGAUUCAAAUUCAAAUAUUUUUAUUCAAAACAGGAUGUGACAUCUUAUUGAAAGUCAUAAACUACCACCCAUUCCAAAAAGAACGCCUCAGACCUAAGAAGAAUGAGCGCAACAAACUCAGCGGGCUUUUUUUCUAUCAAAAAAUAUGUUUACAAAGUAAAGUACUAGGAUUUGAAUUUAUGGAGAAGGCAUGCUAUAUGCUUUGACAAUUUUAAAUUUAGAAAUAUUUCUAAUGUGUAUAGAUCAAAAAAUUAUAUAAAGUUGGGCAAUUAUAACAGAAUCCACCGCAUUGAUAUCCGCAGCGCACUAACUCUGUAAAUAGUGUGUAGUAGAGAAUUGAUGUUUAGAUCGAGUAACCAUAGUAUUUUAUAAAAUAUGAAUUAUUUCUUUACAUAGAGCGAUUAGUAGUAAGCCUUAUAUUCUCAUUAAUAAAGUUUGCUUAAUAUCAUCAAUUUUAAUUAUGUGUGUCGAAUCUAGAUGUAACUUAUAAUAUUUAUAUAAUGAUAAAUAUAUCUAGAUAUUGAGCAGAAUUUAUUAAUAAGGGGUUUUACUACUAAAUCUGGAAUCCCUUGACCAUUCCAAUCAUGAAUUGACUAACGCACAAACUAUAUAACUAUAGAAAGACCGGCCGAAAAAGAUCAAAAUGUAAAUAAAAAUCAUAUUACAUUUUUUAACAUAGGAUCCAGCACGAACUGGUUACAACUGAUCUGUUUUUGUUGGUCGCUCGUUAACAUUUUAAUCUGUUUAUAAUUUUUACUAACGAGAAAUCUAUUCCUCUCUUGUAAUUCAUUUUAUUCGGACUGUAAGACUGAAAUUAUAAUGGUUCCGAUUAGACAAUAUUAUUGCGUCCAAAAUUAUAUCAACCAUAUACAGUUGCGUAUACUUUAGGCUACUUCAUAGCUAAUAUUUAAGACUGCUAUUAUUAGAAACCAUCCAUCGUUUUGAACCCAUCUUUUUAUUCUUGAAAUUUAUUCCAGAAAUAUCAAUAUAUAUUUAUGAUACAGUUGUAAUCAUAGUUAAUUUCUGUGUGGAUUAAUCUGAAGCUGUAUAUUAUAAUAUAUUGGUUGAAUAAAGCAAAAUGUAAACUAAUAACUGUGUGAAAGUCAUUUGUUUUUACUUGUUAAAGACCAAAAUAUGUAUGUGUGCGAAUCACUCACACAAAUAUCCUAUAACCCUUACAAUACACCACAUUUAAUUUUUUUUAUAAACCUUACAUUAUCGGUUAAAGCUAAUAUUAUAGCUUAAGCCGAUAUUUGUUUUUAUACAUCAAAAUGAACAGUUACUUAGUCUUUUUUAGAAUUUCUUUCUAUAUUCAUAACUUCACUGCCAUUACCUGCCUAUAUGAUUAGGUAUAUCUGUUUUGAUUUUUAUGUAUUUAAUAUACACACCUUUUUUGUGGUUUAAUAAUAUGUAAAUUGCCAAUGAGCUAUGACUAUACAAUUUGUACUCUUAUAUUGUAUUAUAAUUUAACGUAAUCAGAAUGUACCUUUCAUAUUUUUUUUGAAGCUAUUGUAUGUUUUGCAACAGCUAUUAUUCUAGUAUAUAUAUAUAUAUGUGUGUAUAUGGAGCAUCGUCGCUGUAGUACGUAAAAAAUGGUAGUUAACAAUCGGGUGACCGUACAAGCAAGAAAUAAGAGGCUAAUUAGUGUGUCAUAGUUGCGUAUUGAAAUAUUUUUUUUUGUCAUCCGACGAUCCGUCAGCGACGAUAUUACAUUCGGCUUUAUAUAUAUAUGUAUUGCUUUUGGAUAGAUUCAGAUACCUAAAUCCUUAAUGUUAACUAGAAUAUCGAAUAUGCGAAACUUGUGUCCUAUUGUGUAAGCAAAGGGUUCUCCAUAGAAUAUACUAAUGUAUAAAACAAUAGCCCAGAUUCCGAGGUGUUUCUAUUGAUGUACUUACCUUACAACCAAGUUUAUUCCGCGACUAAUAAAUCGGAAACUUAUUAUAUAGGUGCUUUAUAUGAAUCCUCUUAAUAAACGUAGCAAUCCAUAAACCAUGAAUGUAUAGGAAUAUUCGUAGAAUAACUUUGUGUAGACAUGCAUAAUAAGAAAAUAUUUUCGUUCUGGUUGGGUAUUAUGUUUCUUCUCUUUUGCAAUUCAAUUCGUUAGUAUUAAAAAUCAUCCUAUUUUGUUAAUCACAGGACGUAUGAUACGGGUGCUUUUAUUGUAAAUUUGCUAUGCAUUUAAAUACUAAGGUGUUGUGUUGCCUUCUGUGUCUGACGUAUUGUAGUUGUCAGUGACAGUCAUAGUAGGUAAUCAAGAUGGCGGAAAGAGACAGGAGUCGUUACAUAUGUCAUGUCUACUUCACCAGGGCGCAACACAACAACUUAUAAUUUAUGUACAAUCAAGUAAUUUAGUUUAUUUCGUAGGAAAAAUACAAAUAAUGUUGAGUUUCUGUAUAUUUUAGCCUGCGUAAAACAUAAUUUGAAUUUACGUGUUACCUACGCAUUUAUUAGUACUUUUAAUUACGUUAUAUUUUAAAUUGUACAGAUCAAAUUAUUAAUUAAUUAUUACUUAUAGUUUCUUUGUAUAUUUUUCCAAAUAUAACUAAAUUCCGAUUA